AUGUCACUCCCAAUGCCGCAGGAACUACAAGUGCUUCUCACUGUGAAGGUCGGAAAGCCUUACACCAACUGUAGAACUCCGUAUGGAGCACCCAUUGUCUUUGAGUUCAUGCCGACAGACGGGCUUGCCGUUCUACAUGCUCGAAUCAGCAACCAGCUAGCUGAAGAUGUUACUUGGGACGCCGAUGCUCCCAUUUUGAUCAAGCCAUCAGCAAACAUAUCGCAAGUAAACUAUGUAGCGCUCCCUUCUUCACAAGACGAGUUUUCUAACAGCAUCGACCGCUUAUGGAAGCAAGCCGCCCGCCGCAAACAUGGGCAAGCCGACUUUCAGCUUGAGUUGUACAUUUACGUACAACGUAGAAAUACCAAUUUAGGUAUUCGCCGUGCAACAGAAGCACGCGUUGAAGCUUCGGCGGCUGCAAUAAGAGAAGUGCUGGAGAGAGAAGGAAGCAGUAGCACUUACGGGCCUGCUGCACAGCGCUACUGGGCUAUUUCUCAUGCCCGUCAGCCCGAGGGCACCCCUAUCGAGCCUCCAACUAGUGCUUCAUUUGCGCAACUACAACGAAUUGACGCGAUGCACUCUGACAUUUCCGCCACAUUAGAUAGCAAUGGCUCGAGUCCGAGUCACCAAUUUGUGCGCGUGGCUUGCAGACUAAACGGGGGUAUUAUUCACUUGGAAUUAGACGUAGCUGAGUUGCGUCGAGCUGUUGGGAUGCCAUCCUACGAUCUAUUUCCUCCAUUUCGCCCCGAUCUUGAAGCUAUUGGUCCUACUGAGAACGUGAGUGACACUGAUCAUGCUGAACAAGCUGGCGAGUAA